CCCCCUGCACCAUGGCAAAAUGGGUUGAAAUGCAGUAAGUAAGAGGGGGUGUGUGGGGUCGUCCGACCCCGGUUAGGAGAGCAUUUUCAAUAACCGUAACCCAUAGCCGUAAUUCUCCUAACCUGCUGCAUAAAUUCUUCUAGCCUGAUACGACAAAGUCAAAUAUGUAUAGAAGUGGUGUGAAAAUGUGUCAUCCAGGCAACUGCUCGGCAUCUGACCGUAAGCUGCUACAGAGGGUAGUACGUAUGUCCCAGUACAUCACUGGGGCCAAGCUUCUGGCCAUCCAGGACCUAUAUACUAGGCGGUGUCAGAGGAAAUCCUAAAAAAUUGUCAGAGACUCCAGUCACCUAAGUCAUAGACUGUUCUCUCUACUUCCGCACAGUAAGCUGUACCGCAACGCCAAGUAUAGGACCAAAAUGCUCGUUAACAGCUUCUACCCCCAAGCCAUAAGACUGCUGAACAAUUAAUCAAAUGGCCAACGGACUAUUUACAUUUACCCCCCACCUUCAUUUGUUUUGUACACUGCUGCUUCUCGCUGUUUAUUAUCUAUGCAUGGUCACUUCACACCUACCUCCAUGUACAAAUUACCUCGACUAACCUGUACCCCCACAUUGACUCUGUACCGGUACUCCAUGAAUAUAGCCUUGUUAUUGCAAAUUUUUGUGUUUCUUUUUAUAAUGUUUUACCUUAGUUAAUUUAGUAAACAUUUUCUUAACUCUUUCUUGAGUUGCACUGUUGGUUAAGGGCUUGUAAGUAAUCAUUUCACGGUAAGGUCUACACUUGUUCUAUUCAACAAUUAUGAUUGAACUUGUUUAGAAAAAACAUCACACACACGUUCCCAUUGAAGCCUGGGAGACCACCUGUUGGGGGAGGUCGGCUCACACCUGCUGGGUAAAGUACGCCCUCAGUCCUGGGUCUCCUUCUCCCAGAAGGCCUUCGGGAAGGUUGAGGGUUUUGUCUAGAAGGGAUACAGCUUUUGUCAAAAUUGAGUUUUGUAGCAAGUUUGGGAGAAUUUUUGCAGCAAGAUAGGAGAAUUAACAUAGCAGGUUAUGAAAAUUUAAAUUAAAGUACGAAAAAGGGUUAGGAUUAGCUAAAAUGCUGUAAUAAUUAUACUUUUCACAUCAUUUUGACAAAAGCUUAAUCCCAUCUAGACGUGACCACCGAAGAGGGCACCCAUGUCCUCCUUGCUGUCCAGGACCUGCAGGUGGCUGGCUCCCUCCUGUGUCACCCGCGACAUUCUCUUCACGGCACUUCAAUAAGAAGCGACAUUGGAAGCAGGUCAGCAGCAGGGAUUACUGAACGGCCCCAGAUAGCAUAUGAUAGCAAAAUGUGUAGAACUGAUUGUAGCGUUAAAAUUGCAACCUUUUAUAUCAGCCUCAUGGCAAAAUGUGAACACAAGCAUGAGGUGCUACAAAACAGCAACAAUAUAAAUAAUAAUUCUCUCUGCACCACUGCCGAACGUGUUGAAACGAAGGAAAGUAAGCUCAGGGUCCCAAAUGCCCUCAUCCAACCCUGGUUAGGAGAGCAUUUUCCCUAAACCUGACUAUUUUACCUGACCUUAACCUCAGGCUCUUAACAUGCUAAGAUAAUUCUCCUAACCUGCUACAUAAAUUCUCAUAAACUGCUAUGAAAAAGUAAAUUCUGUUUCAAAGUGGAGUGAAAAGAGUGUCUCUGUGGCAUCCAGCCCACCAGGCUCCUCUUUGCAAAUAGACUUCAAAGAGGAAGUUGGUGUCGGAGAAGUUGAGAGGUGUGUGAGAAUCACUCAGAUACAAUUAGUUACUCUGUUUCAUACCAAGUCUGUUUUUCAUGUUGAAACAUAAUGUGACAACCUUAUGUUUUGUAUCAAACUCGAAUUUAAUAAAUGUAACUCUUGAAUAAAUGAAUAGUGGAUUUUGGUUCAUGACUUAACUAUAUGUUUAAAUCCCACACACAUUCCCAUUCAGGCCUGGAAGAUAGAGGAGAGGGAGAUGGAUAUAAUGCCUAAAGUUUCAUUUGUUCUAUUUAACAAUGUGUUGGGGGCAGACUUAGUGAUUUGGGGGCCAGUUUCAAAAUACUGCUGACCUGUCCUACCCCGAGAAAGGGACAAUAAAUACUGAAGAAUUGUUUGAAAAUAAUUUCUCAUCUAUUAGGAAGUACGUCACAGUUGAGAUGUGAGAUAUGCCACAUGAAUUUCAGCACUUUAGUUUGUCAGACCUCACUAUGUGUGUAACAGUUUCUGCUGUAGACAGUUUACGUUACCGUCUAAGGUGAUCAGUAGUGUGUGAGUUCUCACAUGGCUUGUCCUGAGAACAUGUUUUUUCUCAUUGGCCUCUUUAUAUCAGGUGUUUUGGCCCGCUUUGUUCAACGAGAUUUGAUCGUCUCAAUGCCAGAUAAACUGCAUGGACUGACUGGCUCCUGUAUGCAACUCCAAUGUUCAUUUGAUGUUCCUGAACAACAUAAGAAUAUAUUUAAAGCCACAAUACCAACCUUUGGAGUGUGGAUAAAAAAAGAUCCUGAUGUUCAUCAGUAUCCUGGAAACGUGAUUUUUCACAGUAAUGGGAAAGUCAACAGAUAUCAAGGGGAGAUAACUGGAAACAUGUCCCAGAAGAACUGCACCACAGUCUUCUUCAAUGUAACCACCAGUUACUCUGAUAAAUACUUCUUCAGGAUUGACGGUCAACCAUACCGUGCAACAGAUCCUGUAAAGUCUGUUGAAAUAGUUGUCAGGGAUUUUCCUUCCAGUCCCGUCCUUACUGUCUCAGGUGAGGUGAAGGAAGGGACCCCUGUCAGUUUGAACUGCUCUGCUGUCGCUCCCUGUCCAGAACACCCCCCUGAGCUGACAUGGACUCUCCCAACACAGUUCACAACUGAGAACAAAAUGAUGGAGAAUCCAGACCAAACCAUAUCAGUUCUCUCCACGGUGACCUUCACUCCAUCAUACCUUCAUCAUGAGAAGAACAUCACUUGUACUGCAGUCUACCCAGUAGGGACAAGCAACAAGACAGCUGAACAUAACAUGAUGCUUAACGUUUCAUUCUCUCCUAAGGACACCUCGGCCUCCAUCAGUCCAGCUGAUCCAGUAUCAGUGGGCAGCUGUGUUAAUCUGACCUGCAGCAGUACAGCCAACCCUCCUGUGACAAACUUCACCUGGUUCAAGAUCAGUGGAGAUAAACCAACACAGGUAGCAGCUGGACAGAGUUACACCCUCAAUGUGACUGUUGAUGGAGGACUGUACUUCUGUGAAGCAAGAAAUAGUCACGGCUGUGGGAAGUCAAAGGAAGUGCAGCUGGAGUAA